AAUUAUCUGGAUUCCACAUUUCAAUAUACAUUUAUACAAUUACAAAUAACAUGAGCUGUUUUUUCAGCUCUACAUUGAGACAAUGUCUUUAUCGCAGUCUCAACAUUGCCCGGUGCAAUGUGAUCACAAAUAGGGAAACCAACGCAGUAUAUACUAUAUAUCAUCGUCAUAACAGAUGUUUUGUAACGUCUAACGAGGGACAACAAUCAAGCAAGAGUGCCAAAACAGCAGAAGACAGAUGGAUGAAAAAGGAAUAUAAUAGCGAUGAUUCAACUACACACGUAGACAAUCAGACUAGCACAACUGAUGGUAAAUUCUUCUUUGACGCCGAUGCUGAAAAUCUUAGUCCGGAGCAGCAACAGCAGAAGGAAGAACUGAUUAGGGAGCUCACGAAAAAACUUAGUGGGCCAUUGGCAGAUGAUGAUGGCAAUGUACCAACGGGUGAUGACAGACCAAUCGCCAUUGAAGUCGAUGGGCCGUCGCACUUUUAUGCCAACAGUACUAAAUACACCGCAUACACUAAAUUGAAACAUCGGCUUCUAACGCGCAUGGGAUAUAAAGUACUACACGUACCGUACUUUGAAUGGAGGAGACUCAGAGGCGCUAAGGAGCGCGAAGAAUAUAUGCGUGAAAAGCUGAAAGAAGAGCCAACUGAAUGGAUAGACCCCGAUGACGAAGCGUUCUAUAACAAGAGGAUGGAAGCAUUAAAGCGGCAGACCGAAGAUAUCAUCGAGACAAUUAAACCGGAGAUUGAAAGAAACAAAGAGUGAUUAUUACUACGCAUAUCACACUUAGCGGUACUAAUGUCACUUUACAAAACAAUGCUUAAUGAUAGUGCAUUUAACCAUGU